GUAUUAAACUAUCUGCUAAAGAGUAAAGUAUUAAAAUUCCAAAAUGAAAAUUUUCUUACUUAUCGUGUUACUAACAAUAUUUACUGCAAAAACUAUAAGUUCUCCAAUCUUUAUAAAUAAAAACUCUAAUAAUGAUAAUGAUGUUGCAGAGCUUUUUAAUAAUUGGCAAAGCCAAGAGCAGGCCACAUCCUUUUGCAAUGGUAUAACAACUUUUAUAAGUAACAGUUCAAAGGAAUUUAUAAAACUAUUGGAAAAUAUGACAAAUAGUUUUAAUAAUAUGUUGGGCUUGAAUAGUUUGAUACCGGAAAGUGAUAAUAAGAAAACUAGUGCUGCUCCUCCAAAAACAACUAAAUCUACUACAAGUGCUGCCGCUGCUACUACUACUUUAAAACCAACUGUGGAUAUUGUUGAUAAUAGUGAAAAACCCUCGUUUGAUUGAAUUUUGCAUUAGUAUAAUUUAAAACUUAUUCGCCCUCUUGAGUAAACUCUUUAAGCUCAAAUUGUUUAUUAGUUUAAAUAAAAUAUAAUUGAAAAUAUUA